AUGCCCGGUGACGAAAAGCCUGUCGAGCUUGCAGUUAGAGAGAGCAUUGCCGACCACGAUAGCCACACGCCCUCCUCUCACGCCUCGGCCGAGCAACAUGAGACGACGGAUUGGUCACAGUACACGCUCCGGAAGAGGCCAUGGCGACGAAGAGUGACCGACUUUGAAACCAUCGUCGAGGCUAGAUAUCGAGGGAGCGGGAGCCCCGAGGACCCCUACAUUGUGCAGUGGCUCGACAAUGACCCGGAGAACCCCAUGAACUACGGCGUCUGGUUCAAGUGCCUGAUGACCUUCCUGUUGGCCUUUAUGACGCUGUGCGUGUCGCUGGCCUCGUCCGCAUACACGGGCGCCGCCGAGCUCAUCAUCCGGGACUUUCAUUGCAGCGACGAGGUCUUCCUUCUCGGCUUGAGCCUGAUGGUCAUGGGCUUCGCGAUCGGGCCCUUGCUGUGGGCGCCGCUCGCAGAGGCCGUCUCACGACGAGACAUCCUGCUGGUCGCCCUGGGAUUCUACGUCAUGUGGACCGCAGUUUGUGCCACGGCGCAAAACAUCACGACACUGAUCGUUCUGCGUCUGCUCUGCGGCACAUUUGGUUCUGCCGCCUUUGUCAUCCCGUCAGGCCAGCUUUCCGAUAUGUGGGAUGCCAGACAUCGAGGCGUGGCCCAAGCUGUGUUUGCGGCGGCGCCCUUCCUGGGUCCGACCCUGGGCCCGGCCGUUGGAGGGUUCUUGAGCCCGGCUGCAGGGUGGCGAUGGCUCUUUGGCUUUCUCGCGCUGUAUGCGGUGACUCUGACGUUCCUUGGCCUGGUCUUUGUGCCUGAGACCUAUGCUCCGGUCCUGCUGAGGAGAAGAGCACAGCUGCUGUCCAAGGUGACGGGCAAGACCUACAUGACCAAAAUCGACAUUGAGCGACCGCUGGUGUUCAAGGAUGUGGUCAAGCGGUCACUAAGCCGUCCAUGGGCACUUUUAUUCCGAGAGCCAAUUGUGCUACUUCUUUCGAUAUACAUGGCUGUGAUCUACGGCACACUGUAUCUCUGCUUCGCGGCAUUCCCCAUCAUCUUCCAACAAGGCUACGGCUGGAAUGCCGGAGAGGAAGGGCUCGCAUUUCUCGGCAUCCUGCUAGGGACCCUCAUCGGCGUCGGCGUGAUCAUCUUCGACAACAAGCGCUAUACACGCAUCCACCACGCACACGGCGGCUUUGCGCCUCCAGAAGCGCGGCUGCCGCCCGUCAUCCUCGGCGGCGUCAUUACCAUCGUCGGCCUCGCCUGGUUCGCAGCGACGGCGGACCCGAGCGUGCAUUUCAUCGUGCCCAUCCUGGCGGGCGUCCCUUUCGGGAUCGGCUUCAUCCUGAUCUUCAUGCAAUGCACGAAUUACCUCAUCGACUCGUACGUCAUCUACUCGGCCUCCGUCCUGGCCGGCAACUCGAUUUUACGGUCUACCUUCGGCGCCGUCUUCCCUCUCUUCACCACCUACAUGUACGAAAACCUAGGCGUGCACUGGGCCUCGGCGGUCCCGGGCUUCAUCGCGCUGGCCUGUUUCCCCUUCCCCAUCUUCUUCUACAAGUACGGUCCCCGCAUCCGUCGGCGGUGCAAGUACUCGGCCGAGGCGGCCCGGUUUCUUGACAGCCUCAAGAGCGACCUCGAGAGGCAGCGCAGUCGUGCCUCGGCCGCGGCCUCCAAGGCCGAGGAGAGCGGGCUGGGCGGAGACGGUGGUGAGCGAGGUGUCGCUGCGGGUGAAGGGCAGGAGGGGGAGAAAGAAGAGGAGGUCGGACAGGGCAGGCAGGGCAGUGUUGCCGUUGGUGCCGCUUGA